AGUAACCGCAGCAUCAAGCGCCAACAUCAACACCAAACAAGAGGCUUGUUACGGUACGAAAGAGGAGAUUCGAGCUCGGAUAGUACCUCUCUCUUGCGUGCAGGAGAUAGCCCAGUCAACGGUAGAAGAUCAAACAAGACACACCGAUUGCUAUACCAGUUAGACAGUUAGCCACGCGAUGAUCUCCGCACAGCACUUGCUCCGGAAUACCGCCUACCGUGGCCUCGUUCGCUCGAGUGGUGCCUCGGCUUCGGUUGGCAACAGAACCACAAACGCCACACACGUUGCGUUCCGAUCCCUAGCGACUACCCCCCGUUCCGCAGCCACCAAGAAUCCGGACGUCGACGACGACAAUAUCCUUCCCGUGCGUAUAGUACUACUCUGUCGCGAGCAGGCCAGCAUGCCGAGCCAUUCACCGCCAUGUGCAAUGGCAUCCACCAGGUUUUUUUCUCACAGAAUUUUGUUUCUUUCUGAUCCAUUCUGUUCCCCUUCCGUUUUUUGUUUGCCAUGCUGUUCGAUCACUGCUUUCGGUUUGGCUCUCCCGCGUCUGUGUUGUUUUUCUCGCCGCAAACCACAACCGCACCACAGACCCCAUGGGAAACCGUCUUUGACCGGGCCUCCCAGAUUUUCUUUCUGACGGAGAUUGUCCGCGGGUUUUCCCUCGCCCUGGAGGUCGGCCUGAAGCCCAAGGUGACGAUCAACUACCCCUUCGAGCGCGGGUACCUGAGCCCCCGGUUCCGCGGCGAGCACGCCCUCCGGCGCUAUCCCACCGGCGACGAGCGGUGCAUCUCCUGUAAGCUCUGCGAGGCGAUCUGCCCCGCGCAGGCCAUCACCAUCGAGGCCGAGACCCGCGAGGACGGGGCCCGCCGGACCACCCGGUACGACAUCGACAUGUCCAAGUGUAUCUACUGCGGCUUUUGCCAGGAGGCCUGCCCCGUGGACGCCAUCGUAGAGGGACCCAACUACGAGUUUGCCACCGAGACGCACGAGGAGCUCCUUUACGACAAGGAAAAGCUGCUCUCCAACGGAGACAAGUGGGAAAAGCAGAUUGCCAAGAACCUGAUGAGCGAGUUUCUGUACCGCUAAACCAAACCGAAACCAAGGAACCAAAACCGUCUUGGUAUUAAGUGCGAAACAAAUCAAUACAAAACCA